GCAUCCCAUUACAAAGAAAUGAGCGACGCACUAGGACUGGCAGCCUAACUAUAUAAAGCUUGAGCUGACUGCAUGUGCUCAGCACUCACAGUCUUCUUACCAAGCAUCCUUCUAAUUCAAGCACCUCACUCCUGUAUGAAACUUUUUCCAGAGGACAGUCCAGUAGGAGAUAAACUGUCUUUCAUUCCCUACAUCCAUCCAAUGGAUGCUCUUCAUGUUUGGAUGUGAUAUACUGCAGUGUUCAAGAAUAACGUGGGAGAAGAAAACAUACAAAGAAAUUUAGAAUUGACACUUCAAAGAAAUAACGCAGAAAAAUAAAUAUCACAUAAGGACGCAGCCAUGGGGUAUCCCAUACAGGUGCUCAGCCUACUCAUUUUAAUGCUAAGUUCUCAGGUGAACUGUGGGCUAAUAAGGAAAGUUAUUCGACACAAAAGAGACACUGGUUUGAACAUCACCUUGCCUGAAGACAACCAGUCAGUAGUGUUUAACCAUGUGUACAAUAUUAAAGUUCCAAUGGGUUCUCUAUGCUCUGUUGACCUUGACCCUGAAGGUACAGCUGAAAACGAGGUAAAGCCACAGACAGAGCUUGGCAAAAAUUACCAGGAGACCACAUUGAAUGGUGAAAACCAGAUUGUUUUUACACAUCGUAUCAACAUUCCAAGAAGGGCAUGUGGAUGUGCAGCAGCUCCAGAUAUUAAAGACCUUCUGAGCAGAUUAGAGGACCUGGAAAGCUUAGUGUCAUCCCUUCGAGAGCAAUGUACUACAGGGGCUGGGUGCUGCUCUACACAGCCUGCUGAAGGUGUAGUGGAAACCAAGCCUUACUGCAAUGGGCAUGGGAACUACAGUACUGAAACUUGUGGCUGUGUUUGUGAGCCUGGAUGGAAAGGACCCAACUGCACAGAAGCAGAAUGUCCAGGAAACUGCCAUAACAGAGGAACAUGUGUGGAUGGAAAAUGUGUCUGCAAUCCAGGAUACACAGGCGAAGACUGUAGUGAAUUGUCUUGCCUGAAUGACUGCAAUGACCAGGGCAAAUGUGUCAAUGGCAUAUGUGUUUGCUUUGAUGGCUUUGGUGGAGAAGACUGUAAUGAAGAGAUUUGCCCAGUGCCUUGCAGUGAGCAUGGGAAGUGUGUGAAUGGGCGUUGUGUGUGUGAUGACAAUUUUGUUGGGGUCGACUGCAGUGAACCAAUGUGUCCAAAUAAUUGCAACAAUCGUGGACGUUGUGUUGAUAAUGAGUGUGUCUGCGAUGAACCUUACACAGGAGAGGACUGCAGUGAGCUGAUUUGCCCUAAUGACUGCUUUGACCGUGGACGCUGUGUGAAUGGUGUGUGCUUCUGUGAAGAAGGGUUCACUGGAGAGGACUGUGGUGAACUUGCCUGUCCAAACAACUGCAAUAACAAUGGUAUAUGUGUGAAUGGAUUGUGUGUGUGCAAUAUAGGCUUUACAGGGGAUGACUGUAGCGAACUGAGUUGCCCAGACAACUGCAACAACCAGGGGCGUUGUGUUAAUGGUGUCUGUAUUUGUAAAGAGGAAUACAAAGGAGUGGACUGUGGGGAGCUAAGAUGCCCAAAUGACUGCAACAACAGAGGCCGGUGUGUUAAUGGGCAAUGCGUGUGUGACUUGGAGUACACUGGAAAUGACUGUGGCGAACUGAGAUGUCCUAAUGACUGCAGCAUCAAAGGAAAGUGUGUCAAUGGGCAGUGUGUAUGCGAAGAAGGCUUUAUGGGCUUGGACUGCAGUGAGUUGAGAUGUCCCAACGACUGUAAAGACAGGGGGCGGUGUGUUAAUGGGCAGUGUGUGUGUGAUGAGGGAUUUAUGGGUUUGGACUGCAGUGAGCUGAGAUGUCUUAACGACUGUAAAGAUAGGGGGCGGUGUGUUAAUGGGCAGUGUGUGUGUGAUGAGGGAUUUAUGGGUGUGGACUGCAGUGAGUUGAGAUGUCCCAAUGACUGUAACAACAAGGGGCGCUGUGUUAAUGGGCAGUGUGUGUGUGAUGAGGGACUUAUGGGAGAAGACUGCUCAGAACUGAGAUGCCCAGAUGAUUGCAACCACAGAGGUCGCUGUGUUAACGGGAAAUGUAUAUGUGACAAUUUAUUUAUGGGCGAUAACUGUGGUGAAUUACGCUGCCCCGAUGACUGUAACAACAGAGGGCUCUGUAUCGAUGGACAGUGUGUUUGCAAUGAAGGAUACACAGGAGACAAUUGUGGUGAACGCACCUGCUUUCAAAACUGCAAUAACCAAGGCCGUUGUGUAGAUGGACAAUGCAUUUGUAAUGAAGGCUUUAUAGGAGAUUUCUGUCUGGAAGUAUCACCACCAGAAGACUUAGUGGUGACAGAUGUAACCACAAAAACCAUGAACCUUGAAUGGGCCAACAAACUCAAAGUCAAUGAAUAUCUUAUUACAUACGUUCCAACCAGUGUUGGAGGCCUGGAGUUUGACUUUAGAGUGCCUGGGGACCAAACAACAGCCACUAUUAGAGAACUUGAGCCUGGAGUUGAGUACUUUGUCCGUGUAUAUGCCAUCCUUAAAGACCAGAAGAGUAUCCCUGUUAGUGCCAGAGUUGCAACACACCUGCCCACCACAGAUGAUCUGAGGUUUAAAUCUGUGAAGGAAACAUUUGUUGAAGUGGAGUGGGAACCACUCGAUAUUUCCUUUGAUACUUGGAAGCUUAUCUUCCAGAACACGAAAAAAUUAAAUGGAGAGAUAAGCACUAGCUUGGAAAAAUCUGAAACAUCUUAUGUGCAGCAUGGACUGGCACCAGGAGAGACCUAUGAAGUGUCCAUACAUGUUGUGAAAAACAAUACACAAGGACCAGCUUUAACCAAGAUCACCACUACAAGAUUAGAUGCCCCAAGUGAAGUUGAUGUGAAAGAUGUUACAGACACUUCUGCUUUAAUAACAUGGGUUAAGCCUAUGGCUGAAAUCGAUGGUGUUUCUCUAACCUACGGAACGGGAAAUGAACCCAGGACUACAGUAGAACUUUCUGAAGAUGAAAACCAAUAUUCCAUGAGCAACCUACGACCGGACACAGAGUAUGAAGUGAUCUUAAUAUCUCGACGUGGAGAAAUGACAAGUAAUCCAGUAUCAGAGACCUUUACAACAGAUCUAGAUACCCCCAAGAACCUGAGGAAAGUGUCCCAUACUGACAACAGCAUCACUCUUGACUGGAAAAACACCCUGGCCAACAUUGACUAUUACAGGAUUAAGUUUGCACCACUCUCAGGAGGAGACCAUGAAGAAAUAACAGUACCCAGGAGUAACCAGGCUACCACCAAGGUUACUCUGACAGGUUUGAGACCAGGAACAGAAUAUGGCAUAGGACUGACAGCAGUGAAACAGGACAAAGAGAGUUCUCCUGCUACUAUCAAUGCUGCAACAGACUUCGAUUCACCCAAGGAUUUGGAGAUCACUAGUGCCACUGAAACUACUUUAAACCUGAAGUGGAUAAUACCUGUAGCUAAAUUUGAUAAUUACCAACUCACCUACAUUACUAGUGGUGGCAUUGAGAAUGAAGUCCGAGUCCCAGGAAAUGCUGAGUCCUAUGUAUUAACUGGGCUUGAAUCUGGUAAAGAAUAUAGCAUUUCCCUUGUUGCAGAGAAAGGCAGACACAAGAGCAAACCAGCAUCUGUGACUGGACGAACCGAGGUGCCACGUGAGCUGGGUGACUUACAGGUGUCCCAAGUGAGCUGGGACUCCUUUAGACUCACAUGGAUAGCUCCAGACAGCAACUAUGAGAAAUUUGUGAUUAAGGUUCAGGAUGCUGAAGAAGAAGAAGAACCACAAAGCAUUGUGGUUCCUGGAAAACUCCGGUCUUUGGAAGUGAUGGAUUUGAUCCCGGCCACAAAAUAUCAAAUCACGCUACAUGGUGUGAUUCACGGAUCUACCACUAAGCCUCUCUCUGGUGAAGUUGUCACAGAAAACAAGCCAGAAGUAGACAACAUAUCCAUCACCAACAUUACACCCGAAAGCUUUGAUCUCUUCUGGACAACUUCACAGGAUUCUUUUGAUGGAUUUAUUGUAGAAAUCAAUGAUAAUGACAGGUUAUUGGAGCCAGUAAAAUUUAAUGUCUCUGGCAAUCUCAGGAAUACUCUUAUCUCAGGGUUAUUACCAAGCACUGAUUAUACCAUCUACCUCUAUGGCAUUAUCCAAGGUCAACGUACACCCUCUAUUAGUACUUCAGCCACUACAGAAGCAAAACCUGAAGUUGGAGACCUUAUAGUUUCCAAAGUAACCCCGGACAGUUUCCAUCUGUCAUGGACAGCUGACGACAGUGGUUUUGACAACUUUAACAUUAAAAUACAGGAUGCCAAACGACAGUAUAAACCAAUUACACUAACAGUGCCAGGCAGUGAACGCACAACAGUUGUGACGGGACUAAGAGAUGGCAGUGAAUAUGAGAUUGAGCUGCAUGGCGUUGCUAGUGGUCAACGCUCUCCGCCAAUAAAAGGAGAGGCAACAACAGCAUUGGGGUCUCCAGAAGGACUAUCUUUCUCUGAUAUCACUGAGACUUCUGCAAAAGUCAUCUGGCUAGCACCAAGGAUCCGCGUUAACAAAUUCCUGAUUACAUAUGUUCCUGCAACUGGAGGUGCCAGCAACACUGUGGAAGUGGAUGGAUCUAGAACUCAAACUACCCUAGUCAACUUGCUGCCAGGCGUAGAGUAUAUUGUGAGCAUAACAUCUGUGAAAGGAAGUGAAGAAAGUAAACCAGCUUCUGGUACUCUGACCACAGCACUAGACAGCCCAUCGGGACUCAGAGCCAUUAAUGUCACCGAUUCCGAGGCUCUAGCACUGUGGAAACCAUCCUUGGCGUCUGUGGACAGUUACGUUAUAUCCUAUUCUGCACAGAAUGCUCCUGCUGUAGAUGUAACAGUCUCAGGUAACACAGCAGAAAAUGAUAUCAUUGGACUUCAGCCGGCUACUGAAUACACUUUGAAAAUUUAUGCUGUUAGAGGACAACUUCGCAGCCGUGAAAUAUCCACAAAAUUCACCACAGCCUUGGAUGGUCCUAAAGAUUUGUCUGCCAGUGAAAUCCAAUCAGAAUCUGCUCUUAUAACCUGGAGACCACCAAGGUCCCUCAUCACAGGGUUCUUGCUAAUCUAUGAGGCGGUUGAUGGAACUGUCAAGGAGGUAGCUUUAUUACCUGAUACCACCUCUUACAGAUUGCUAGACCUCAGCCCCUCUUCCCAGUACACUGUAAGGCUGCAGGCGAUAGAUGGAAACACCAAGAGCAAAUUCAUCCAAACUACAUUUACUACAACUGGACUCCUUUAUCCAUUCCCAAAAGAUUGUUCCCAAGCUCUCCUGAAUGGAGAAACAGAGUCAGGAAUAUACACAAUUUAUGCAAAAGGAGAUAAGACUCGUCCUACGGAAGUAUACUGUGACAUGACUGAGGAUGGAGGUGGAUGGAUUGUGUUCCUGAGAAGAAUAGAUGGGUCUGAAGAUUUUAACAGAAAUUGGAGGACUUACAGCAAUGGAUUUGGAGAUCCCAAUAAAGAAUUUUUCUUGGGUCUGGAUAACUUGAACAAAAUUACUUCCCAGGGACAAUAUGAGUUGCGUGUGGACCUCAGAGAUGGUGAUGAAACUGCCUUUGCUGUUUAUGAUACAUUUAGUGUUGGAGAUUCCAAAAGUCGAUUCAAGCUACGGGUUGGGGGCUACAGUGGAACAGCAGGAGACUCAAUGACCUAUCAUGAUGGACGUCCGUUUUCCACCUACGACAAGGACAAUGAUUCUGCAAUUACCAACUGUGCUCUCUCUUAUAAAGGAGCUUUCUGGUAUAAGAAUUGUCACAGAGUAAAUCUCAUGGGCAGAUAUAAUGACAACAGCCACAGUCAGGGAAUCAACUGGUUCCACUGGAAGGGUCAUGAAUACUCCAUUCAGUUUGCAGAAAUGAAGUUACGACCAGUCAGCUUCCGAAAUCUUGAACACAGACGGAAGAGAGCAUAAACAUUUGUACAUUGCCAUACAGUAAAAAGAAGUGCAAGCAAAGGGGAGAGACUUUCUGUAGUAGCAAUUUACAACAGCCAGUCUAAACCCCCACCACACAACUCAACCCCAAAAAAGAAGUGUCUUACGGAAAUACCGCAGUGUCUUAAGUAUGUUCUUGCUUGAAGGUGUUUUGUGGUCCAAACAACACCAAAGACUUUCUGAUGCAGCUACAGUAACUUUGCAUACGUCAUCCUCCUCAUCUGAGGCAGGCAAAGAGAGGGUUUGAACAUUGACAGGAGCAAUGAGAAAUAAAGAUGAAGUGUACAGUGGUAGUUUUAGAUAUUGUCAUAUUUUAAACAAAGCUAUUGUUUUAAUAUUUUGUCAUAAGUAAGAUUGUUUUAUUUGGUGGGUUGGGUGGCUUUUAUAUAAAAAAUAAAUUACAUUAUAUAAGGUAUCAAAAACUUUUUCUUUUUACAUGACCUGUGUUAGAAAUGUUAUUUUAUUUGUUGCAUCAUCUGAAAUCAUGAGAUUAAACAAAAUUUAGGAGAGAGCUACAACAGUACGAAAGUCUGAAAUAAAUGUGAUGUGAAUCCCAAGUAAGGAGAUUGACCCACAACUGAGGGGUGGUUUUGGCACUGUGCUGGAUUACCUGUUUUGCCUGAUUAUCAGUGGCAUUGGUGGUGGUGGUAUCGGCAGUAUCCUGACUGCCCCCCACAGCCUAAUUCUACCAUGCAGCCGUCCCACGGCCUAGCAACCCACAACAGCACCUAAUGCUCCAGCAUCCCGACUCCCCAACACAGCCCAACUUGGGGAGUGCACAGCCUAACUAAACCCUCCUGCAGCCUAAGCCAUCCUGCAGCCUAUCAAACCCUCCCACAGCAUAACUCCCACUGCAGCACCUAAAGCUCUUGCUUGCCAACUUGCCACGCAGCCCGACCCCCUCACCCCGCAUCCUAACUAAGCCCUACCACAGGCUAACUAAACCAUCCCACAGCCUAACUAAGCCAUCCCGCAGCCUAACUAAGCUCUCCCGCAGCCUAACUUCCCCCAGCAUCUGAUGUGUUCAGAUAAAAAGAUGUGCCGGACCAUCGGGUACCAUAUAAUCUGUGUAGUACCAGUACUGCUUGUGAUAGUGAUUUGUUGUGUCACUUAUCAUUGAGAUAUAUAACAUUGGUUGUGAGAUAUUGGUUGAAGGACAUAUGAUUGGUUGAGAGCUGCUUUACCGAAAGAAGGUCAAAUAAUUAAGAAUGUAUGAAAGUGUGUUUUAAUGUAAUUUCUUCUACAUUGGCUCGGGUUAUACAUUAAUCAUGAUCUCUACAAGCAGAACAAAAAAAUAUAGAUAUGAUGGAAAAGCCAUCAAAAGAAAUGUACUGUCAUUUGCAUUAAUACAUAUAAUUUAGCCUGACAAUUUUUUCUUUCUCUAGAUGAAAUGUCAUUAGUUGAUGAGUUAAAGGUCCACAUGUGUAGAACAGCUAUCAACGUAAUCAGUCAUGUUAUUUAAUUAACUCAUUUUUUGGGUAAUAAAAAGGUAAUUAAAAGUAUAAAAUCCUUCCAAACUCUUAGAGCAACAUUAAUUGCUUGGGAUAUAUAUUCUGCAACAAUUUCUUGGCUGAAUACUUUAAUUAGUUGCUCGUUGACAGUAUGUACAAAAUACAUUUACAGUAUAACUAAGGGGCACUGAAUGCUGCAUAUUAGUACUUACUGUAGCUCAUUCUCGCCUUUGUAAAACAUAUAUAAAGAUAUUACUUCUUAUUUUACAUAUAAGAGAUCCAUAUGGUUGACUUGUGUGUAUAUAUAUAUAUAUAUAUACUGUUUAUAUAUAUAUAUAUAUAUAUAUAUAUAUAUAUACAGUAUACAGGCAGAGGUGUGGCACUUGGCUCAGAAUAAAGGAUGAAACCAAUGACAACCACGUCUACUGUCGUUGGUUUCAUCCUUUAUUCUGGGCCCUGAGUGCAGCACCUCUGCCUGUAUACAUUUACUUUAUACUGUGAGGGCACCGGGUCAUGGUAACAUCAACACUGGAGUGCCGGACACACUGCAAUAUAUAUAUAUAUAUAUAUAUAUAUAUAUACAUACACACACUUUAGGGGGUAUCCAAUUACAGAUGAAGAUACAUUUCGUGAUUUUUCCCGAUGUGUUACCUAUAUUUUUUUGUGUGCACCCAAUUUGGUCACCUGUAAAAAAAAUACAUUGACGUCCGAAAACACACAGGUUCAGUGAAACCAGUCUGUUUUCAGUAGAAACAGCCCUGUUUUCGGGUGAUAACGGGUCUGUUUCCAGGGAUUUGGUUUCACUUGUCUGAGGAGGGAAACAAAAUCUCAGAUAAACCGCAGCUCACACCAGCUUAUUGGGGCUAAUUGGACAGCCCUCAGUGAGACAAUUAGCAGUGUUAAUUAACUACAGCUAAUUGGAUACCCACUUUACCAGCCUGUCUAAAUGACAGAACAACAUAACAGUAAUGUCAGAGCCGGCAGCUGUGCGUGCCCAAACAGAGCAACACUUGAAUUGCUCCGUCUGGCACAUCUAGUGGCCGCCGGCACGCAUAGCCCUUAAACCCUUCCUCCAUAGAGGUGAGGAGCAGUGGUAGCCAUUUAUUAUAUAGUAUUUCUUAAACAUAUUGUUUUUGAUACAUGCUGGUUAGUGAAUAAUCUUGAGCCAUAAAUUCAAGAGUUUCCUAUAACUAAGCUCUUUAAUUUCAUGCUGAUAAUAAUUGAGUGUUAUUUGCCUUUUUUUUUUU